CUCGCCUCCCUCAAAUCCCUUUUUCUGGCAGAGCCUCGUCGCGGGAGAGGCGGACCCUUGGUCUCUCUGGCGCCCGGGAUUGCAGCGGCCGGGAGCGGGUGUCGGCGUGAGGGAGAGCCGAGCGAGCUUCGGAGCUGCACCUGGUCCCCUCUCAGCCGAGCGCCUUCUCUCUCUCUCUCGCCUAAGCUCUUGUUGCUGUUACUCCGCGCAACCCCCCCAUUCAUAUACACGCGCGCACACACCCCGUCCCGUCAGGAUGUCAGAGAAGACCGCAGCGGAGGACGCUCCGGUGGAGGUCGGGGCCAAGGACCUGAAAGAAAAGAAGGAGAAGCAUGAGGAAAAGUCUGCCCGCAAAGAAAAGAAGGAGAUAAUAGAGGAUGAUGAAAAUGGAGCCGAGGAGGAAGAUGAUGAUGAAGAUGCAAAUCCUGAGGAUGAUGAAGAGGAUGAUGAAGAAGAUGAUGAGAAUGAACAAGAACCUGAUUCACAUGCAGUAAAACGAUCUGCAGAGAAGAAGCAGGAAGAGGAUGAAGUGGACCCAAAGAGAAAGAAGACAGAAAAUGGCUCCUCCGCUUGAUCCCCUCCCCUCCAUCCACAUCCUCUUUUCCAUGCCCACCUGUCCUCCCGCCUUCAUUCCUUCACCUGUGCAGGCACCCAUUUCAGUGCUGUCAUUGCAGACGAGGAAGAGGAGGAGUUAAAUGUGGUCUCUGGCAAGGACAGAGGAAGAUGCUGAAGACUGUUCUUCUCCAGCUCUUGAGAUCUGUUCCAUAUUACAGUGCUCCCUCCUUCCUUCCCCCCCCCAAUCCCCUAGCUCCUGGCUUGUCCACCUCCGUCCGCCAUAAUGCCUGGAAAGGCUGUUUUCUCCUUCCUUUUCCCAACCCCAUGCCCCCCUUAUGAUUGCUGCCUAAUGGGAGAUCCUCACAUGCCUCUGCUUACAACACCUCUUUUGCAAACUAUUCCCUGCCCUGGAGACCCUCUUCCCCUUUCCCCUUCUCUCUUCAGCUCCUUACAGAGUUCCACAGAAAUGUGGGCAUUUUAUGGUGCUGUAGAAGGGGUGAAAUCCAGGUGGUUGAAGGGCAGGGAAUCUUGCAGGGAUGUGUUCCCGUCCUGCGCCUGGUUCCCUUUCUGUUUCUGGGGAAAGGCAAAUAAUAACAACAAUAUUACAACGAAACAUGUUUUAAGUAAAACGUAUUGACAGUUUUUAAUUAAUACAUUUUGUACAAAUUUACAUGGGCAGGCAGCAAGCUGAAUCUGGUGAAACUUUUUUUUCUUCCAGAAGGCAAAGCUUGUUUUUAAUGUGUAAAGUAAUAUGUUAUUCAGUGUGUUUCCUCAUUCUGGGUGUUUGCUUUUUUAAAAUUAGGGACCAGAUUUUGAUUUCUCCCUUGUUCCCUGUUUUCUUUGGUUCUGCUCUUUAUAAAUUAAAGCAGUCCCAUCUGCAGUAUUUUCUAAUGGCACAGACAUUAUGAGGAUGAAAAAUAUAAAUAUAUAUAUUGUUUAGCACUGUAAAUAAAGACCUUUCAAAAAGUUGUUGAACAGUC